AUGUUAGAGGAUGGCAGCCUGAAAGGCAAUUGCCUUGCUCGUGCUGAGACCGUGAGUUUAUAUGGGUCUCCUCGUGCUUCCAACUGCCUUCCAGUCAAUCCAACCGCCAUUACUCUUACAGGCAUCCAUGACCCUCUAAAGAUGCCGUGGUUUUUCUUUCUGUUUAUUGGGUUCAAUGGCCUCAGUCCAGGACAUAAUUCUGAAAGACCAGGUCUGCAAAUUACAGUACCGAAGAGAAUACGGGCAACAGUAGAUGAAGGAGUUGAAUCCCAUUUGUCCUACAGAAUUGCAAUUGAUGGAAAAGAAUAUACUGUGAAUUUAAUGCAAAAUUAUUUCUCUAUUGUUUCUUGUUGCAUUAAGCCUUUUCGAUGGGCUUGGAUGGAGGUGGAUGGUGAUGAAGACCUUUCUCCUCCGGUUCAGUAUCACAUGUAUCCACCUCGUGUUGAGCUGGCAGUUCUAAGAAAUUUAUUUUACAGAACAUUUGUGCCCUACAAUUUUAGAGUUUAUAGUUAUAACGGCACACAAAGUAUGAAACCUUUUGAACAAAAAUUUCAGAAUUAUUGCUACUACCAAGGAUAUAUUGAAGGUCACCCAAAAUCUAUGGCCAUCCUUAGUACAUGUGCUGGACUCAGAGGCUUAUUACAAUUUCAAAAUGUAAGUUAUGGAAUUGAACCCUUGGAGCCUUCUAUUGGUUUUGAACAUGUAAUUUACCAAAUCAAACAUAAGGAUGCUGGUCUUUCUUUAUAUUCUGAAGAAGAUAUUGAUUCAGAAAACUUGCCUUAUAAAACAAAAUAUAUAAAGACAUUUAAACAGCCAUCUCAGUUUAUAGAAAUGCAUAUUGUAGUUGAAAAAAAUUUGUAUGAACAUAUGGGUUCUGAUAUUGCUGUUGUUACUGAAAAAGUUUUUCACCUUGUUGGAAUCAUCAAUGCUAUUUUUACUUCAUUUAAUAUCACAAUUUUGCUAUCUUCAGUGGAACUUUGGAUAGAUGAAAAUAAAAUCCCAGUAACUGGUGAUGCUAAUCAGUUAAUGCACAAAUUUUUAAAAUGGAAAAGAUCUUACCUUGUUUUGCGUCCACAUGAUGUGGCAUUUUUACUUGUUUACAGAGAAAAACCAGAUUAUGGUGGUGCAACCUUUGAAGGAAAGAUAUGUGAUAAAAAAUAUGGAGGAGGUGUUGUUAUGCAUCCAAAAUCCCUAAGUCUUGAAUCACUUGCAGUUGUUUUAGCUCAAUUACUGAGUCUUAAUAUGGGAAUAUCAUAUGAUGACAUUAAUAAAUGCCACUGCUCAGGGACAGUCUGCAUAAUGAACCCAGAGGCAAUUCAUUCUAGUGGUGUGAAGACCUUUAGUAACUGCAGCUUGGAAGAUUUUGCACAUUUUAUUUCAAUGCCAGAGUCAAAUUGUCUUCAAAAUAAGCCACGUUUAGGUCCAGCAUAUCAGGAAAGUGCUAAGAUGUGUGGCAAUGGCAUAAAGGAAGAGGGUGAAGAGUGUGACUGUGGGUCCGAGGAGGUUGGAGCUGUGCACAACUGUGGACAGCUCACCUCUGAAGAAGUGCCUGCAGGAAUAAUCUUGGUGGAAUGGUUCAAGGUCAAGCACACAGCAGAAAAGAGAAGAGAAGCUUACAAAGAUGUCUAA